AUGGAGACAAACUUCUCCCCACCAACACGGACGCAGUCGCCAACCGUGAUGGCGGCGCUGUCUCGCGUCAGCAGCCUGGUCGCAAACCCACCCCUCGACAUCCAUCGUAAUUCCCCCAACACUCCCCGACCUUUGACCGAGCUGGGCGACAAAAUGGUCACAGAGCUCGAGUACACGACACACCACCCAGAUACCCCGAGCGCAGCGAGCACAGUGGCUCCCGACGGGUGUACGGAAGUCAAGGAGCUCGACGGCGACACUGUGCACAUUCCAGACGGUGGGCUGCGCGCGUGGCUGGUGGUCCUCGGCGCGUGCCACAUUCUGUUUUCGACGUUUGGGUUCGUGCGGACCGGGUCCGGAUGGAUCGGCUCGCUCCAAUACAUGCUGAUUUAUCUCCCGGCACUACCAAUGGGGCGUCUCGUCGACCGUGGCUUAUUCCUCUAUCCGUUCUGGAUCGCGUCGGCGUUGUACCCCCUCGCCAUCAUUUUGACUGCUGAAGUCAAGGAGUACUGGCAAGCGACCCUGUGUCAUGGUGUCCUCUUCGGCUUUAUGGCUGGCAUCCUCUUCUGCCCCGCGAUCGCCGUGACUUCUCAAUGGUUCCAUCACAAGCGCGCACUUGCGCUUGGUGUCGUGGCGUGCGCCUCGUCAUUGGGUGGCACAAUCUUUCCGAUCAUCACGACCAACUGCCUCAAACACCUCGGCUUUCCAUGGACGAUGCGUAUCUGUGGCUUCAUCUGCCUAUAUUCCACAAUAUUUGCCUCGCUCACACUCCGGAACUGCCUCCCGCCCAAAAAUGCCGCAGGAGGCAUGUUCAAUCUCAAGGCAUUCAAGAACCCGGCCUACUCGUUCUUCACCAUCGGCUGUUUUCUCGUCAUGGGUGGCCUGUACACGCCCCUCUCAUUCAUGGAUGUCAUGGGCAAGGAAAUGGGUCUUGGCACAUACGCGUCGUACCUCAUCACCAUUGCGAACGCCUUCUCGACCAUCGGGCGUAUCGGCCCAGCCUUGGUCGCCGAUAAAGUGGGAAGCAUGAACAUCCUCAUUCCAGGAUUGUUUGGGAGCAUCAUCACGACAUUUGGCUGGCCCUUUGCCCACAACAAAGCAGGCAUAACUGCCAUCGCCGCAACCAACGGUAUUUUCCAAGGCAGUUUUGUGUCUCUCCUCGCCCCGGCCUGUGCGGUCCUCGGUAAUGUCGAGGACAUCGGCCGUCGCUUCGGCAUGGUCAACACGCUCAUGUCAUUUGGCGCGUUCCUCGCUGCCCCAGCAUCCGGCGCACUGCUUUCCAAAACCGACUUCCACGCCGUGUCGUACUACGCCGCCAGCCUCUUGAUUGGCGGCACAGCUUGUUUCAUCCUAGCCCGCCACUACCACCUUCGCAAAUUCUGGGGCAAGAUGUGA